AUGGCUACCUCGUGGUUGUCCAGAGCCGCUGUGCUAGCAACGAGCACCGGUUUCAUGGCCCUGACCCUCCCGUAUAUCACACAGAACCCUGCCCUGCUCUCCUUCUUCCCGGAUGUGUCCGUGCUAGACGACCACCUCCCUAUAUCCCUCCGCACCGGCCUGUUCACAACCACAUCGCGACAGGGGGCCACCAACACUACCACCUCGGCAGGACAAGACGGGCAGCAGCCCUUCGUCUGCCGCCCCCGGUCCUACCAGACCGAGAUCGUCUCUCUCGACCCCCUCGUCAUCUACAUCCGCAACUUCACCUCCCCGGCCGACACGGCGGGCCUCCUCGCGGCGGGCGAGCCGCGCUUCGCGCCCUCGCGCGUGGCCAAGCACGGCCGCGACCAGCGCACCCCGGACCGCACCUCGUCCUCGGCCGGCCUGCCGCGCGACGACCCGGCCGUGGCGUGCGUGCUCGCGCGCGCGCGGCAGUUCCUCGGCGCCGUCCUGACGGACGACGACGGGUGGGACGAGAUGGGCCCGCCGCAGCUCGUGCGGUACACGGCGGGCCAGCGGUUCAACGUCCACCGCGACUGGUACGACGCGCCGCGGCCCGCGGCCGACGGGUCCGCGCGCCGGUGGAACCGCGUCGCGAGCUUCUUCGUCGUGCUGCAGGACGGGUGCGCCGGCGGGGAGACGUACUUCCCCCACCUGCGGACGCCGGCGAGGCAGGUCGGCCGGGAGCGGCGGGCCCGGGAGGAUGGCGAGGCGGCCGGGAAGAAGGACGAGGACUGGGAGUGGACGGACGCGGACCCGGCCUGGAGGCUGCACCAGGACGGCGGGGUGGCGUUCAGGCCCGUGGCGGGCAACGCCGUCUUCUGGAUGAACCUGCAUGCCAACGGGACGGGGGACUGGCGGACGAUGCACGCGGGCCUGCCGGUGGGCAGCGGGCUCAAGACGGCGAUGAAUAUCUGGCCGAGGCAGUACUAUGCUGAUGAGUAG